CGUCAUAUAGUAUUUGUCCAAUUUGAAGAUAACUUUGAAUCAUAAAUUACAUUGAAUCCAUAUUACAUACUAUCACUCAAAAAUGAAUUUUUGAUAUUUUUUAGCAAGAUAAAUGAAAUAAAUCUUUUUAUUCCAAAAAGUUUGAUUUGGAUAUAUAUAUAAAGCGGAGGUGUUGGUCUUCUCCUUAUAUGGUAGAUCAGGAGCAGUGAUGAGCUGGAACGUAUUCCGGUUCUGCACGGCCCUUCGCGGGCUGGGCUCAAUCAUGAUCCUUUUGGUCCUCGGGGUUGUCGGCGUCACCUAUUACGCCGUUGUCAUCGACACUUACGGGCCCUUGCUCGCCGGCGGCGGCGCCAUCGGUAUCCUCACCUCCUUCGCCGUGCUAGUUUUGUUUCACAUCCUGUUGGCAAUGCUACUAUGGAGUUACUUUUCUGUUGUUCUCACGGAUCCGGGUGGUGUGCCGCCAAAUUGGAAGCCAGCUUUAGAUGAAGAAAGGGGAGAGAAUGAUCCGCUGACUGCAUCAGAGUUUACGUCUUUGCCAGCUGACACGGCACAUUCGACCAUACGGUUUUGCAAAAAGUGCAACCAAUUGAAGCCCCCUAGAUGCCAUCAUUGUUCUGUCUGUGGACGGUGUGUGUUAAAAAUGGACCAUCACUGUGUGUGGGUCGUGAACUGUGUUGGAGCUUUCAACUACAAGUAUUUCCUUCUCUUCCUGUUCUACGCAUUUCUUGAGACUGCCCUUGUAACGUCAUCAUUACUACCGAAUUUCAUAGCAUUCUUUGGUGAUGAAGAAAUACCUGUUUCUGCAGGAUCUCUUGCAAUCAUUUUUCUUGCUUUUGCUUUGAACCUUGCUUUUGCUUUGAGUGUUCUUGGUUUUUUGAUUAUGCACAUUUCAUUGGUGUUAAGAAAUACCACAACUGUUGAGGCAUUUGAAAAGGUGGCUACAAAAUGGCGAUAUGACCUCGGUAGAAGACGAAAUUUUGAGCAGGUAUUUGGAACGGACAAACGAUACUGGCUUAUACCGGCUUACUCAAAAGAAGAUUUUGGAUCAAUGCCUGCACUCCGCGGGCUUGAGUAUCCAUUAAAGCCAGGUGAUGGUCAGGAAUUCUAGGAAUGAGGAAGGGUCACCUAAUGUCUUCCUUCUUGACUUCCCGUGGGACUAAUUCUAUUGCACAAGAUGCAUGUAUGCAUCCCCUUUGACUUAGAAGCUGCAUGUUUUGGGACCUGGAAAUUGCGCUGUGCAGAAUUCGCAGAUGCCUGAUGAUGAUGUAGGUGAUGUCAUGGAUAAUCAUUGUCAUCAUCAUCAUCAUCGGCGCCUACAUGGGUAUCUGUGGCAUGGAACUUAUAGCGUGUAUUGGUUGUUUAUAAUUAGCCCACACCAUAAAUUUCAUGCAAAUCUGGUGAAAAUCUGUGGGAAAUUCAUCCAGGUCUUGUAAGUUAAGGGGUGCCAAUGUAUAUCAUAUCCAAGCAAAAUUUCCAUUUGCUCCCCCCCCCCCACAUGUAAGUAAUGUAACUCUGUUUUAAUACUGUGGCUGUAAGGCAGUUGUGGAGUUGAUCUCUCUUUGAUUAUGCAGUAAUGAAUAAGUUCAUGUUAGUCAG